ACUGUUAAACCGUGGGGGGCGGGUCUAUGGAGAAGUGCUGCCUGUGACCAGUCUAUGUUGAUAUAGAUCUAAAAAACUGGACUAACAAGCGUGUCUGCUUACGUUGCCCUUCGCAUGGACUAAUUGAUGGAGCCCAUGACGGUGACGACGUCGGUGGCCGGGCCGGACGAGUUUGACCGCAACGCCCCGCGGAUCUGCGGUGUGUGCGGUGACAAGGCCACCGGCUUUCACUUCAACGCCAUGACGUGUGAGGGGUGUAAGGGAUUUUUCAGGCGCAGCAUGAAGCGUAAAGCCUCCUUCACAUGUCCAUUCAACGGAAGCUGCACCAUCACCAAGGACAACCGGCGUCACUGCCAGGCCUGUCGUCUCAAACGUUGCAUUGAUAUUGGAAUGAUGAAAGAGUUCAUCCUGACAGACGAGGAGGUUCAGAGGAAGAAGGACAUGAUAUUGAAGAGGAAAGAAGAGGAGGCAGCCCGGGAGGCGAUGAGGCCACGUCUGAAUGAGGAGCAGGCCCGGAUCAUCUCCAGUCUGGUGGAAGCUCACCACAAGACCUACGAUGCCUCCUAUUCUGACUUCACCCGCUUCAGGCCUCCAGUGCGUGAAGGCCCAGUAACGCGCAGUGCCAGCAGAGCUGCCUCCCUUCAUUCCUUGUCUGAUGCCUCCUCUGACUCAUUCAACCACUCACCUGAGUCUGUAGACACCAAGAUGAACUUCAGCAACCUGUUAAUGAUGUACCAGGACGGCACUAGCAGUCCAGACUCCAAUGAGGAGGACACAAAGCUUUCCAUGCUGCCUCACCUGGCAGACUUGGUCUCCUACAGCAUCCAGAAAGUCAUCGGCUUCGCCAAGAUGAUCCCAGGCUUCAGAGAGCUGACAGCAGAAGACCAGAUUGCUCUGUUGAAAUCGAGUGCCAUUGAGAUCAUCAUGCUGCGUUCAAACCAGUCGUUCAGUCUGGAGGACAUGUCCUGGAGCUGCGGUGGACCUGACUUCAAAUACUGCAUCAAUGACGUUACAAAGGCUGGUCACUCCCUGGAUCUGUUGGAGCCGCUGGUGAAGUUCCAGGUUGGUUUGAAGAAACUCAACCUGCACGAGGAAGAACAUGUGCUGCUCAUGGCCAUCUGCCUGCUCUCCCCAGAUCGUCCUGGUGUCCAAGACCACGGCCGCAUCGAGCAGCUCCAGGACCAUCUGUCAGAGACACUGCAGGCCUACAUCCAGGUCAACCACCCAGGCGGACGCCUCCUCUACGCCAAGAUGAUCCAGAAGCUGGCCGACCUGCGCAGCCUGAACGAGGAGCACUCCAAGCAGUACCGCUCACUUUCCUUCCAGCCUGAGCACAGCAUGCAGCUCACCCCGCUGGUGCUGGAAGUGUUCGGCAGUGAGGUGUCAUAGCAGAGAAGGAGGCACGCUCGCAUACAAACACACACUCAUCACACAUCACAGGACACACAGGACGACCAACCAAUCCUAACCGCCUUUUCCCCAAGAGAACCCCAGCCCUGAUUAUACCUGGACGUGAGGUAGAAAGAUGGAUGAUCAGAUAGGGGGAGAGUACCCUUCAACCCCUUCAGCAUCUCUCCAUCCUCCUCCUCCUCCUGACCUCAAGCAGCAAGGCUCAGAUGCCUGGACCUAUGAAUUUAUAGGUUUUAAGACUUAAAAUGCUCUGGAUUUCUGCAGCACCUGGAUAAACAGAUUAUAUUUGAACCUCUAGAUUUGCAAAAAAAUCACUGCAUUAAAUGUCAAUACAUCACGCAGAUGUCCUGACUCGUGGACAUCUGGAACUGACGGACAUCCUGAUCCUCUCCAAAUUUAGAAACUCCAAAAAGGAAGAUCGCCUUUUCUCAUCACCACCUUUCCCCCGGAUUUCACUGCUGAAUUCC